AUGAUUCUCAUGCCCACUCUAUUGACCCACUCACUGGAUUCGCUUCCAUUUAGAAAGCGCCAGCCUGCGCGAAAGAGAUGCCCCCCUCCCCUUCUCUCUCCCCCUCCCCCUUCCCCCCUUCCUUCUCCGCACCCCUCCCCCGCCCACUUCCCCCUCCCCUCGUCGCCCUGUCUCCUCCCCUUCCACCUCCGCCUCUCCCUCUCUCCCUUCCCACAUCAUCUCCACUGUCCCAUGCACCCCCAUCCUGCCCCCCUCUCACGCCCCCCUCUUGCCCUCCUCUUAAGCCCCCCUCCUGCUCUGCUCCAGCGCCCCCCUCUUCUCCCAACCAUUCCGCACAGUCGCCCUCGCCACUACCCCCACAUGCAUCCCCCUCCACUGCCCUCCCCACCCGCUCCCCCUCUGCCUCCUCUCCCCCCUCCCGACCUGACGUAUGCGGCCUCUCUCCCCCCACCUCCCGCCCAUCCAUCUCCCCACGCUCCACCCGCAACCUCUUCGCUCUCUGCUGCUCCACACCUCCACCAGCAGCAACUGUCCCACCCCCCUGACCACAACCCAUCCCCAUCGCCGCUCUCCCCUCCCCAUUCCCCCCUCCCCACAUCCCCAUCGCCCCUUCCCUUUCCCCCCUGCACUGUGCCCUCCCUCCGCUCCCCCUCAUGCCAUCUUCCCCCUCUCGCCCACCGUUCCCUGCCCUCUCUCUCUCCCCUGCUCUGUCCCCUCCGCUCUGUCCUGCUUCCUGCCCCACACCACCGCUCCCCCACUCCGUGCCGGUUUGAGAUCAGGUUUGAGAUCAGGUUUGAGGUCAGGUUUGAGGUCAGGCUUGAGAUCAGGUUUGAGAUCAGGUUUGAGGUCAGGUUUGAGGUCAGGUUUGAGAUCAGGUUUGAGAUCAGGUUUGAGAUCAGGUUUGGGAUCAGGUUCGAGAUCAGGUUUGAGAUCAGGUUUGAGGUCAGGUUUGAGGUCAGGUUUGAGAUCAGGUUUGAGAUCAGGUUUGAGAUCAGGUUUGAGGUCAGGUUUGAGGUCAGGUUUGAGGUCAGGUUUGAGAUCAGGUUUGAGAUCAGGUUUGAGAUCAGGUUUGGGAUCAGGUUUGAGAUCAGUGACUUGCAUUGCACCCUGUUCCCAUGGCAACACACGUACCAGCAGCAUCAAUGUCAAGCCUAUUACCCUACCUCCAUGCUCUCUGUAACAUUGAGGCAUACCACCCUUCUUCCCAUGGCAUGA